GCACCGUCUUUCCGGGGCCACCACAGACGGGCGGUGGCUCGUCUCCCGGGCCGCGAGGGGCCUAUUGGCUCUCCUGGCCGUGGCUGAGUGCGGGACCGGCGUUGGGCCUGCCCGGACUGCGCUUCCUGAAAGCGGGGCUUCUGUCAGUCAGGCAGUCGGUCAGUGAGCGCGAGCUGGGGCGGCAGACAAUCACGAGGGCCGUUGGGCGCCAGGGCGGCCCUCGUGCCUGAGAGGCCCAGUCGGACCGAGGCCGCUUCUCGGUCAUUCGGAGGCGAGGCUCCCUGACGGCCGGUCCACGACCAGACCGUCAGCCCACCGGGGGCCCCUCCUGUAUUCGUCAGGCGGUCACCAAGGGGGUCACCGGUGCGCCUGAAGGGCAGCCGGGGGUCACCGGCCUAAGACCACCAAGCAGUGUGUCAUCCUGGUCAGCCUCCUUCAGUUACUCAUCAUCUCAUCCCUUCUGAACCACAGAGCCAGCCGUGGCAAAGGCCCUGGGCCCCUCCUGUUCCUGAGAACCACUGCUGCUGCAGAUGGUGCUGCCACGGCCACUGCCGACACCUCCCAGGCUGCUCUAUUCCUCUUGUUCCUUGGAGAAGACUCUGAAGUGCAUCUGUCUCUUCCAUGGGAUCCCCACGCCCUCUGUGCAGUGGUGGAUAGGAGGUGCUCCCACAGGUGUGAACAGCACAGAUGACGGCAUCCAGGUGACUUCCACCAUAACUGGCCACUGGAUCAACAGCACCAUCAAUCUGACUGAACAGCCAGAAGUGGGCACGAGCCUUCUCUGUGAGGGGAAGAACCCAAAUGGAACCCACGCUCUGACCAUUCUACUGAUGUCAAAAAGGAGUUCUUUGGUUGCCCAGGCUUUCCUGAAAGGGCUGAUCGAGGGCGUUGUCUAUGGAGCCAUUGUGGUAGCACUGCUCUCCCUCUGCCUCGUCCCUCUCAUAGUGAAACGUGUCAGAAUGAAGCAGGCAAAGAAAACUGCAGCAGUCGAACCAGAAAAGAGCCCUAAAGCCAGAGCAUGCCAAGAUCCCAAGACGUCUCUGAAGCCUGAGGAGCCAGAAAAAGCCACAGUCACCCCAUCUUCGAAGAGCCAGAUAUUGCACCCAAUACCUUCAACUUCCAGCAAAGCAAGAAAAACUGGAGCUGACGCAGCCUCAUACCUGACUCAUACCUGGAGUUCCCACUCUCCCGGCAAUUACAAAAGUCUACAGAAUCCUUAGAGACCCCAGAAACCCAGGAGUCGGUAACAAACCUGAAGCCCCCCGAGUCUCCUCGGCUCGCAGAGCCCUCUCAAGCCCCACCUGUCCCUCACACCGGCUCUCCGCUGAACAGGGUUACUCUUGGACCUGGUCUCGGAACCUUUGGAAGCAAAUUCUAUGAUCUGUUGUUUGAGUUAGCCAGAAGAAAUAUGCCUCGUCCUGAGAUGGUGUCAAAGGAAGGAAAAAUAAAUGUGAAGCUAGGAAAUAGG